UAUUUGGAGGCACUUCCGUCGACGGAAGUUGUUAGGGUUGUGUAGGUUGUACGAGGCUCACAGUUCUCGUGUGCCAAACUUUCCCAUCUUUUAAAGUGGGGAUUUGAACGAUCCCAUCAUGCCCUUCCCCGCCCCGCCCACCACCAAAAGCUCCGUGGCCACGCCUACUGCUGGCUCACCGGCCCCCAGUGGCGCUCCUGGCCCCGAAAGUCAGGAUUUGCCCACGCCUUUAACGCCCGAUCAGUUGGUUCUGUUGCUCGAUAUCAUGGAUCGUCCCCUGCUCGAAUCCACGCCCUUUGAAGACCUACCGGCCAUAUUUUUGAAACAUUUCCCUUCCAAUCACUUCGACGUGGGCCUGGGCCUAUGGCAUAUCCUGGAACAGGCGGAAAUAUGCCUACCUGGCCCUGGACAACGCUUGUCCGCCUUCCUCUUUCUGUAUCACACUUGCAUGAACGACCCGCAUCUGUUGCCUUUCACGGACAUUUUUGUCCAUUAUCUUCAUUGGGUGACCGAUGAGACCAAUGUCCAGUCCGGGAUGGACACUCUUCAAGCCGUGGGCCUGCCUUUGUCGACCGUAGAGCGUCAGUUUCUAACGCUAUUGGUGGCCGGUCGAUUAUGCGGACCAGGCGCAGCCGUGCCACCUGAAUGGGCACGCCAGACCUUGUGCGUCAUCGGCGUAUCGCAGCCCUUGACCAAUGUGCAGCCGGUGGACGUGAGCCAUCUGUCGGUUAACGCCUUAGAGCGGCGCACGCGGCUUCAGCCUUCAGAGAUGCCGGGCGUGCCAGUUAUGGUUGGCCUGACCAACGAGGCCCUGUUCACGCGACCCGAGGGCAAGGUCGAUGCGCAGCAUGUGUUGCGUCAAGCGGCGCAGGCCGGUCCCGAUGGCCUGCCCUUGUUUCAGCAUCGCUUUCGACCCGAGUUCUUCUGCCCGGUUCCGCCCCUGUAUGUGGAAGAGGACGAGGUUCAUUGGUUGAACCCGUACUCGACCGCCGGGCUGGAACCAAUGAUUGACCGCUCGUUGAGCCAGAGUGGCGCCACCUCGGCUCAAGAGGCUCAACGACUAUUGGCCAAAGCUUUUAAAGAGCCCUUGUCGCUGUCCCAGUUGAGCAAGCUCAAGUCUGAACUGGAACGGGAUGCGGGCUCGAUCUUGUUGUCGCAGAGCCAAUUUGCUCCGGCUCAACUUCCGGGUCUGGUGGAGAACAACCCUCUGAUCGCGAUUGAAGUGUUGCUCAGUCUCAUGGACUCGGCCCUGAUCACGGAUUACUUCACUGUCCUCGUCAACAUGGAAAUGAGCUUACACUCCAUGGAGGUUGUUAAUCGCCUGACCACGGCCGUGGAAUUGCCCUACGAGUUCGUGCACCUCUACAUCUCCAACUGCAUCAUGACGUGCGAGACCAUCAAGGAUAAGUACAUGCAGAACCGAUUGGUUCGAUUGCUGUGCGUUUUCUUGCAAUCGCUCAUCCGCAACAAGAUUAUCAACGUCCAGGAAUUGUUCAUUGAGGUCCAAGCGUUUUGCAUCGAGUUCAGUCGAAUUCGCGAGGCCGCGGCCUUAUUCCGACUCCUCAAACAGCUUGAGGAUGGUGAGAUGCCCGCCUCCGAGAUCCCGGCUAGCGGUUCUCCGCCUACCACCACCCCGGCCAUCGCAACCUCGCCCUCGGGUGGAUCUGCAGCCAAUGCCAACCCUAGCAGCGUCACCGAUACCAGCAAAUCUCCCAAGUGACACCUCGGAACAAGCGCGUGUUUGUCAGAACCAAGUAUUUGAAACAGUUGACUAAUAGGCAUCAUCUGUACGCACAUUAACAAUUGGCCAAUAAAAACAAGAUUGAUGGAAGCUUG